AUGCUUGGUGCUAACAGCCGACGAAAGAUCCAUGGUAGAGAACCCGCCGAGUCUCUUGUCCGAGUGCGUCCAGUAGUAUCAUCCUCCCAAGACACGAAACUCAAGUCGACAAAGUACUCGUACAAUCAUCAAGAUGCAUCGGAUGAAUCUGUUAUAGGCGAAGCGAGACUGCAGAGUUUGCGCUUUGCCUUGAGGCAAUGUACCUCCCACCUAUUCGGAGUGAUCACGACUCCCCCUCGUCACCAAAUACAAGGAGCGGUCUUCCCGAGAGCGCGAGAGACCCUAUCGAGCUGGGUGCUGACGAUGAUGGAUACAACGGAGACACAAGACGAUGACCGGGCACGUCUGCACUCCGCUGGCCGCUGGCCGCUCGCGACAUCUCUCGGUCAUGCAAAACGGGACUUGACGGCGCUGGCCGUCGAAGGCAGGCUGAUCUCGCUGAAUGCGAUCUGUCUUCGGCUGCUUGACGGUAUGCAAGUCGCAGUUGAGAACCUUGUUGACUGGCAACAGGCUGUACAGGACCAUGCCGGUUGGCCUGAUAGGUGGGAGAGGAACAACGGCAUCGCGGGUGCCGCUACUUUCUCCAACUCCGCCUCGUCGACGGUCUCCUUCUUGGAGACAAUCUGUCACCCCCCCCCUCGUGGUCGGCGGUCUCCAUCUCGUCGACAACAUCCCGUCCCUUGUCGACAACAUCCCGUCCCUUGUCGACAACAUCCCGUCCCUUGUCGACAACAUCCCGUCCCUCAUCAACAACCUCCCGUGCCUUGUCGUCAAUCUCCGCCUGGUCGACCUUCCCCAACUCGCCGUUAUGAAGCCUGGCUAGCCGAGAGGGGUCUCUCAUUCGGGAGAGGAAGGAGGUUUGCCGCGAGUCGAUAUCUAGAUGGAGGCUAUGUUGGCCCAUACGAGGCGGAAUUGGAUGGCAUGGAGGGGGGGGGUUCUACGCAGGGCCCUGAGCAAAAUCCGCCAAUUGACCGAGGGAAAGCCGAUUUUACUGGUUGCGAUCUUCCUUCGUUCCAACACUGGUCUUGGCUUGAGAAACGUAGCUCUAGAGGAGGAACUUUCGCAGCUGGACUGGUCGGCUUUUACUCCGCCGGCCCACACUUCAGCAGCCCCCCUUCUAGAUUCGCUUGUCCCUCGCUUCGAUGCUCUCGGCUCAGAGGACGUAGUCACGACAGCAGCACCACCACCACCACCACCAGCGAGCCCGACUCGACCAAGAAUGAAGAUCACGAGAUUGAGAACGACAACAGCGGCAGCCAGGCUGCGUCGGGUCCCAACACGACCCCCGGAAGCGCGAGCGACCCCAUCGAGCUGGGUGGUUCUGCGUGUCCCAUCGACGUCAGCGACGAUGAGGACGAUUGAGCUCCGUAUCUCG